UGUGGUUCCUCUAUCUCAGCCGAUUUGUGGGACGGACGGGCACUCAUUCAUGGGCUGAUCAUUCCGAAGGGUAUGUAUUUGUGGGUAGGCCAAAGUCCUGCAUUAGAUUCAAAUACGCUGAGAUGCAGAUCAAAGUCAUGAUAUUCACCCUGCUAUCCGGACUAAGGUUCGAAGCCUCAAAACAGCGCGUUGUCUGCAAUAUUGCGAAUGUGCAGUAUUCGACUGUGGGCAGCGAGAGCGAUCAUGCGCAGCUUCCUCUUUCAGUGACACGGGUGAAAGAAUUCCACGAAGGCUGAUACCUGUGUUC